AAAAGAAGGAAAAAAAAAAUCGACAACCCCAUAAAAGUGGAGAGAGGUCGUCUCACGUUCCAUACUAUGCUCGCUCUCCCUUCUUCUCGUCUUGUUCCUUCUCACCACUUUCCCAAAACCCAUAUCCAGAAAACUCACACACGCAACCCCACUAAAUCCGGAUCUACCUCACUAACAAUGGCCUCCCUUUCAUCAAAUGCUCACCCGCUCGAUAGAAAAUCUUCUCUAGCUUGUGUCGCACCUCUAGAAGCAAUUCUAUUUGAUAUUGAUGGAACAUUGUGUGAUUCAGAUCCCUUCCAUUAUUAUGCUUUCCGUGAAAUGCUUCAAGAAGUAGGUUUUAAUGGUGGGGUUCCUAUCACUGAGGAAUUCUUCAGUGAGAAGAUAGCUGGAGUUCAUAAUGAGUAUCUUUGUAGUAUCCUCUUUCCUGAUUGGGAUAUCGAAAGAGCAAGACAGUUUUUGGUAGAUAAGGAAGCCAUGUUCCGAAGAUUUAUAUCUGAAAAGAUAGAACCUCUUAAGGGCCUCCCUAGGUUGCGCCAAUGGAUUGAAAAACCAGGCUUCAGAAGGGCUGCAGUAACAAAUGCUACAAAACUAAAUGCCGAGCUAAUAUUAUCAAAGUUGAAGCUCACGGAUUUCUUUGAAAUUGUUGUUCUUGGAGAGGAAUGCAUACGAGCAAAACCAUUUCCUGAUCCUUACUUGACGGCUCUUGAAAAGCUUAACCUGUCAAACGAGCAUGCUUUCAUCUUUGAGGUUUGUCUCUCAGAACUUUGUGCUGUGCAAUUAACAAUAGCAUUCGAUCUUCAGUAAAAUUUUGACAUACAU